ACCUUUGGAUUGCGUAGACUCACCCCGCAAUAAGGACGGACUUGCGUACAAGCAUAUAAAUAAAAAAUGUUUAAUGAUGCAUAAUAUCUCUAUCAGCUGAAAGAACAGCUCAAUUUGUGAAUCUUGACAGAUUUAUGUUUAAUUGUGGUAAAACUCUGAUUAUUAUCUUCUUUUGAUACUUUUAUACUCAUUUGUAAAGAAAAUUUUGUAAUCAUCAUUUGUGUCAUUUUAACCGUCUUUUAUUGGAACUGUUCAACUCCAUCAAGCCUGCUGUUUAUCAGAAUCAAGUUGGACCAAGAAUAAGACAUUUAAUAGUGUAAUCCAAUUUUUGUCUACCAAAUUUGAACAUCGUUAUUAUUAUCAUCAUCUGAUUAGUGUCUUAGCACACCUUCUAUUCAACAUGUCUAAUGAUCUUGUCUGGAGUGUUAAAAAUGGUGAUCUUGAGCAGGUUAAAGAAUUGAUUAAGACACAUAAAAUCAAUAUUAAUGAGCAAAUUGAUGGAAGAACUCCUGUCAUCUAUGCUGCCGAUUAUGGUCAACGUGAAAUCCUCGAAUAUCUCAUCAUCAUUGGAGCAAAUGUGAAUGCAACAGAUAAACAUGGUAUUACGGCUCUUUUAGCAGCAAUUUGGGAAGGGCAUACCGAUUGUGUUAAACUUUUACUUGAAUCUGGAGCUGAAACGAAACUCAAAACACCUGAUGGUAAAAGCUAUCUUGAAGUUGCCGAGAAACCUGAAGUCAAAAGUCUAUUGGAGCAACGGAACUUACCCAGCAAAAUGGAAGACCUAUUGAUUGAAGGCCAGGGAAAUGCGGUUAAUUGAUUGAUCCACAAAUAAGACACAGUCACACAAGUACAUUCAAAUCACAUCUAGAUUGAUCCAAAACCAACCUGCUGCAUUUCAUUGAUCGGUCCAGUGAAUGCAUGGUAAAUGAACACAAAAUGCUUUGCAGCUUCCAUUUUCAAUAACAAAACCUUGAUUCUUUACAUAAAAUUAGAUAAAAAUCAUAUUUUACCAGAAAA